GAGCAGCGCGCAGCGAGCGCCGAGCGCCUCGGCUUCGCGCCUAGCGCCUCGGCUUCGCCUCUGGGGCGCUUGGAUGGAGCGCGCAUGGAGCUGCUGCACCGCUGCCUCGGCUUCUGCGGCGCCGCGGAGGCGGGCGCCGCGGAGGGCGCCUGCCGCGCCUGGCGCGACGGCGAAAGCGGCGAGCGGGAGGCGCUGUGGCGGGAGCUGUGCCGGCGCUGCUGGGCCACGAAGGUGGGCUUCCGCUGCACGGAGCAGCUGAGAGGCCGAACUUGGAAGGAGAACUACAGGCAUUUCCUGGAAGACGGCCAGAGGCAGCAGAUCACCCGGGAGGAGCUCACGGGACUGGUCUGGGACUUUACCUUCCGCCUGCAUCCGGAGCGUCGCGCUUCGAGCUGCUUCCGCUUUGAGGAAUGCGGGCAGGUGGCGAACCAUCCCAACGGCCUGACCUACGAGUGGUCCCUCAGCGACGAUGGCCGACACGUGGCCCUUGGCCAGUUCCCGCAAGCGCGGGUCACCCGCCGCCGUGACUGGGGCUGGGCCAUUGCCAACGGCAACAUCAUAUGCUGUUCACUGGAGGCUGAAGAUCUGGAGGUGGCUGCCUCAGAGCUGCACCCCGAGCUGUUCAACCUGGAGCAGCUGCCCUCGCUGCAGCUUGUGCAGCUGCUCAUGCGCCUCCAGGUGCCCCGCUGAGACCGCACUGCCCGCUUCGUCGUGCCACAGGCUCCGCGGAAUCGCCGGGCUGGCGGCGUUUUGGCCGUCUGAAGCGAGCUAGCCGGA